CACACAUUCUCGCUUUAAUUUAUGUCCCUCCCCUAUGCAUUGCACUACCUAACGCCACCUUGUGACAGAUAUAACUUACAUUGUAACACCAACCCUAAUAUAUUGGUUGCACAACCAACCAACAUGACGAGCUCAAUCUUCUCUGAGAUGGAUUGGGACGAAGGGAUUGCGAUGCCCGUCGCUAAUAAUGAGAAUAAACUAAUGGAAGAUGAGUUGCUACGAAUGCAGAAGGAGAUCUCACUUUACAGCGGCGACGUGGCGGAUCAUGACGAUAGAAUCCAUAACAUGAGUCAACAUUUAAAGAACGUUCGGCAAGAACUCACUCAUAACUUGGAGUUAAUCAACGCACACACAAGGGAACUUGAGACAGAGGAACAUUUGAACUCGAUCGCGGAGCGUGAAAAUGGGAGGUUGAAUCAAGAGAUGUUGAGGUUGGAUAAAGACCUUCAUAAGAUGAGGGAGAAGAGAAAUAACUUUGAGAACAAGAUCUUCAUUCAAAGUCAACAACUUGAGGAGUUUAAGUCCCAGAUGAAUUGGGAUCAACAAGCAUUAGAAGCUUGGUUGGAGGAGUCAGCACGAAGAGAUGAAGACGCAAUUACUCUGCAGAAAUAUUCAACCCAAGAUCAGUCAAAGUCAAAGGAGUUAGCGUUGUUGAUGGGUCACCUCACUGAGGAAGCGCAGAAGAAACGUAAAUAUUUGGAUCAUGAAACGACCGAGACAUUGACAGCGCAGAUUGAGUUGGAUAAAACAGCUGAAGAAUUCCGCAAAGCACACGCCGAUCGUCAGCGAUUGAUCGCGCAGUGGGAAGUUACUAUUGAACAAAUGCAAAGGAGGGAUAGGGAGAUGGACCAAGCUGCUCUGGGAUUGGCCAAAGUAAAGGAAGAGGUUCGGCAGCGAGAGCAAGUUAUUAAAGAGAAACAAUCCUUCCUUGAAAGUGAGGUUGAAAACAACCAGGAAAUGGAAAAGAAGAUUUCCCUCGAGGAAAGAUACGCCGCUAAGUUGAGGAUUGAUCUACAAGCACAUGAGAAUGCAAGGACCCAACUACAAGAUGAGCUUGACACGUUGAAAUACACGGUUGAACGAACAGCAUCGGACUUGGAGACGAUGAAGACGAACGUUGCGCAACUUAGGAAGGAAAUCAUCAACAAACAAGAUAAGUUACAACAAGCGAGCAUCACCCGGAGCGAACUCCAGGACAAAGUUGAAGCAGCAGGUAGAGGUGCGUUGUCGGCCGAGCAGAGAGCUGAGCUUGCCGCACAAGCUUUGAUGGAGGAAGAAGAAAACGUGAAGAAUUUGGAUCGAGAGUUGACGAGGAUGAGGGAGAUUCAGUUCAAGAAGAAACAAGAAUUGUUCGAAAUUUCAACAAAAGAGAAAAACCUCGCUGCGGAGAUCCAGGGAAGCCGAGCAGCGAACCGGAACCUGUCGUCACGCUUGAAGAAACUCGACCAACAAUCGAUCAAACAACAAGAAAUCAUUUAUAACCAGGACUUCACAGUUCAACAAUUAGAGCGACGACUUGCGCAUAUGCAAGGUGACGUAAACACCGAAGAGAGGAAGGAACUGGAAGCGAAGAUUGAACAACUUACUAAAACUUUGGAUGAAAAGACUGCGGUUCAUACGCUGCUUACCACACAACUUAAGAGGUUGCAGGACGACAUUCGACGACAGAAACGCGAUAUGGAACAUUCUGGAUCGGAGAAAGCCGACUUGACGUCAAAGAUUGAAGAACUCGACCUCCAUAAUGAAAUAUCGGCCAAGCAACUUAAGAAUAUUAUCACCAAGAAACAAGACAGCAUGGUCGAGGACAAUAUUCUUAAACUUGAGAUCAAACGGAUACAAGACGCCCUGCAUAGAAGAGCUGAUGAGGUUCUUAGUUUGGAGAAAAGACAUUUGCAACUAUCCACAGCCAUGAAAGAGCGAAAACAAGAGAUCUCGGUUCACAGCGAUAUGUUGUUCAGCCAAGUUAAGGCAGCGGAGGAAGAGAGACAGACGGUCAAUGCUGAGUUGCAUCAGAGGACCGAGAAGAUUGAAAAACUAAGGAAAAGAUACGAAAUCUUGAUGGUGUCAAUGGCGCCACCCGAGGGCGAGGAGGAUAAAUCACAAGCUUAUUACGUCAUAAAGGCCGCUCAAGAAAAGGAGGAAUUGCAACGGGAGGGCGAUGAGUUGGACGCCCGUAUUAGGAAAGCCGAGAAGGAAAUACGAGCGUUGGAAAAUACGCUGAGGUUGAUGAACAGCAGGAAUGAAACUUAUAGAAAGUCCUUUAAUAAGGUGUCGGAAACAAGCGAGGAGUACGAGAUGAAAAACCAACUCGACGAACAACUACGAUCCGUCAUGGAUAAAUAUAAAUAUAAACGGAGACAGAUAAGGGAGUUACAGGAAGAUUUACAGACGAUGAGCAGCGCCAUGGACACAUCCCUCCGGGACGAGACAGCUUACAUGGAGAUGGUUCAAGACAGGAAAGCAAAGAUUCUUCAAAUAAGGAAAGAGAUCGAUGAACAAAAGGAGAAACUUGAACGAGUUCAGAAACAGGUUGCACGCUCUGCACGUGAAGCACGUGUCACUAGAGGCAGCAAAGUUCCACUGCUUGAAGAACGAGACAUGGACCUGCGAGAAAUUCGAAGCCGGAAUAAAAAGAUCGCGGAGAAAAUAUCGGAAGUUAUCCAACUUUUCCCAGACAUCGCUGACGCAGCUGAAUCUUACUUCAUACAAGUCGGACUCCCACCCCCCUCAGCGAACCCACAGUCUCGAUCGAGCUCCAAAUCGGGGUCGGUUCGUUCCAGCGCUCGUAGUUCACCCAGAAGUUCGGUUUCCUCAGCAAGGUCUGUCACGAGUCCGAAGGCUGUUGAUUUGGGCCUCGGGCUUCAAUUGACGUCCCCGCCGGGAUCACGUCCUCUAAGUGCCGCCAGCUCAAGAAGUAGCGCCCGAUCAUCGCGAAAAUAAAAUGCUCACUCGCGCAAUGAUUAUUACACGACGGCGUUACGUCAAACUUGGGAUAUUUAACCUUUAUCUUGGGAUAUUUAACGCAUAUUUAGUUCAUUUUCAUUAAGUUUUGCUGCGUGUUUUAGAAACCACCGCACAAAUAAAAUACUGUGUGGAAUUUUUUCGCUAAGCGCAUUUGCUUCUUUGUGCGCACGACGUUUAUCGAUCUGGGGAAUUCAGUAUAGCAGGUGUCCUUAACAUUUGUUGGAUUGAAUACGUAAUCUCUACACAUGAAA